AUGAGAAGUUCAAUUUGUCAACCGGAAGGCGAAGUUGACGAUGAAGGCCAUAAGCAAUUUGGCGCUGGCUUAAAUGGGGAAGAUUUACAGAGCUGCGAGCUAUACUACAAAACUCCUCCAAGCGACCUAUCAUUACAGUUUCCAACGUUUGGAACCCAAGAUGGUCAGUCUAUAGAAGUGGAGAAUGACCUCAUGCACGGAUUUCCACUAGAGUUGCGUAGUCGAGAGGCAUCAGACGAUACUUCGAAGAGUAAUCCAGAUGAUUCAAAGUCUACUCCAGACGAGAAAGAUGCGAAGGAGAGGAAGAAGGCUCAAAAUAGAGCUGCCCAGAAGGCCUUUAGGGAGAGGAGGGAGGCUAAACUCAAAGAGCUAGAAGAGAAGCUGAAAGAAAGUGAAGCAAAUCGUAAAGAACUGACGGAUGAACUAGAGGCUUUGAAAAGACAACAAGUAGUAGCGAACAAUGAGAAGAUUUUACUCCACGAUAGACAACAUUUCGAGCAUGGAAUGUCGUUUUCCGCAUCCGUGCAAACUUAUUCCUUCCCAACUCAGAGGCAGUUUUACGAUUCUCUUACUGAGAGUAAGCACGGUGCAUUUCGUAACGACCAAAAACGCUAUCUAGACGACUCAGGCAACGAAGUAUUGCCACUGUCGGCAGCCUGGGAGUAUCUUCACGAUCUUUUCCAGCAAAUGGAUUUCGAUAUAUACUUGGUAAUGCAGAGCCUUAAGGGCUCUGAGAUCUGUCAUGGCCAUGGCGCAGCGUAUCCCAGGGCUCUGAUAGAUCAAGCGGUACAAACGGCAACUGCAGGCUCUAAUUCUUUAUAA